AUGGAUCAAAAUAGCCACCUUCAUGAGGACGUCGACAACGACAUAGAUACCGAGCGUUAUCUCCUAGCUGCCCUUGAGGAUAUCAUUGCCAAUUACCCGCCCCCUGUGCAUGUAUGUUCACAAGACUCAAGCGAAGGAUACCACGGGCUCUGGAGCGGUCCUACGGGGAUUGCAUACCUCCUACUCCAUGUCUCUGAGCGCCGGCCGGAUUUGAGAAUCGCGGAGCGGUUGACAAUCGAGUGGGCGCGGAAGUAUUGCGGAUUGAAUGAUGAUCCUGACGCCGAGUCACAAGGGUGUGGAAUCGGGAAUGAAAAGCUGGCGUAUGAGGCUGUAAGGUGUGCAAUUGCAUCGAGGGAUGGACCACCGUCUCUUUACUGUUUCCAAGAACACAAGCAGCAUGAAAAGGAUGCAACCCGUCUCAGUGGACAAACAAACGACAACUACCUCCACCACGUGCACCGUUUUGCAAUAUCCCUCUCCCAGAUCUCCUCGUCCUCCUCAUCCUACCCCGACGAACUCCUCUACGGCCGAGCUGGUGCCUUUUACCUCGCCCGUCUCGUCCGUUCCUGGGUUCCGACCACCAACCCCACAGUAUCAGAACAAGUCACAUCCCUCCUCACCCCCGCGAUCACUCAACUUUGUCACACCAUCCUCUCCCACGGCCCGCCCUGGCACUGGCACGACCGUCACUACUUCGGUGCCGUCCAUGGGGACAUCGGGAUCUUGGCCCAGCUGGUUCUUACUUCACCCGAACUAGCCGGACACCAGGCGUUGCGGGGUUUCUUGAGUCAGCUUUUGGAUUGGCAGAGUGAUGACGACGGAAACUGGCCCAGCUCCGAGGAGAGUUGGGAGCGCGGACAGGAUAAAGGGCUUGUCCAAUUCUGCCAUGGAGCGCCGGGGUUUGUACACUCGCUGCUAGUGCUCAGGAAGUAUUUUCCGGAGUUACAGGGGCGCAUUGAUGAGGCGAUUAGAAGGGGACAGGAGUGUGUUUUGAGGAGGGGGGUCAUCAUGAAGAAAGAACCGAGUUUGUGUCAUGGGAUAUUUGGGAAUGCUUUAGCCCUCCCGAAUCCUCACCGAGCACGUUUCCUGUCCCUCGCCACGCCUUCAAGCAUCAACCGUCUUAGACAGGCCGAUCCCGUUGUCUUCCAGUCUGCCGACUACGGCCGCCCAUACUCCAUGACGGCAGGCUACACGCCAUCAGCCGCAUGGGUUUGGCUGAUUUGGAAAGAGGAAGACCUGGGGAAGGGGAAUAUGGUGGGCUUUAAUGAUAUAUGA